UUAUUACAUAAUAACACGUAUUUACCGUUUAUAGAAAGAAGUGGUUAAUUUAACUUUCAUCCAACAAGUUACCUUUCCUCACAAAUAUUUCAAUAUAUUUGGAAUAUUUUAGUAAGCCAUCGGGAACAGGCACAUGACAUGCUCAUGACGCAACAUUCAUCUUAAGCCCGGACGCAUAUUGUACGUCCGUCCGUGCUUGGCCGAAAAGCUUCCGAAGUUCAAAAUACCAUGUCUAAAGAAGUAAAAGUAUCACGAUGGUAUUUUGGUGGUUUGGCAUCUGCAGGAGCAGCAUGCAUCACACAUCCACUAGACUUGCUCAAGGUUCAAAUGCAGACACAAAAGGGAAAAAAUAUUUCUAUGAUACAACUUACUGGUAUUGUAUUAAAGAACCAAGGAAUCUCAGGGUUGUACAAUGGUAUAUCAGCCUCUUUAUUAAGACAGCUGACAUAUUCCACAUCUAGAUUUGGUAUUUAUGAAAUUUCCAAGCAACAUAUGACACCAAAAGAUGGUAGCGCGAUACCUUUCUACAUGUCAGCAUUUUUAGCUGGGCUUGGUGGAUUUACUGGUGGUUUUGUCGGAAAUCCGGCCGAUUUAGUCAAUGUCAGAAUGCAAAAUGAUGUCAAACUUCCACCUGAGCAGAGGAGAAAUUACAAGAAUGCAAUACAUGGCUUGUGGCGGGUUGCAGUUGAUGAAGGUGUGUUAAGAUUGUGGUCUGGAGCCACCAUGACCUGUACUCGUGCUGCACUCAUGACAAUUGGACAACUGUCAUUCUAUGAUCAAAUCAAGGGACUGCUCCUUUCGUCACCAUACUUUGGAGAAAAUGUUGCCACUCACGUAACAUCCAGCUUAUUAGCGGGUGCGAUAGCAACAACAAUGACUCAGCCCGUGGACGUCCUAAAGACCAGGGCAAUGAAUGCGAAGCCGGGUGAAAUCAAAAGUAUACUCUCACUCGUCAAGAACACCGCAAAAGAGAGUCCCUUGGCGUUUUUCAAAGGAUACAUUCCAGCGUUCGUGAGACUGGCACCACACACUAUUUUGACUUUUGUUUUCUUAGAACAGCUUAGAAUGAAUUUUGGAAUUUUGAAAAGUCAAUCGUAAAUGUCGAAAUUUGUUUUCGUUGUUGCUUUAUUUUAAAUUUUAAAUUUUUAGCGUUUUAAUUGUUAGAUAGCUGGUCUAUUUUAGUUAAUUCCAAUGAUAGUUUUCGCGAAAAUUCACAAAGUGAAACAGUUAUAGUUACCUCGGCAAUUUUAUUUAAUAAUUUAAGAUUUUUAUUUUAUGAAGGAAAGUUAAUUUUAUGUUAUAUUUUGACAUUUCUGUUUUUUACAAAAACUACACAGAAAAUAUUUGUUAUUUAUUUAUUUAUUUAUUUGUGAUGUAAUUGAAAUUAAUACUUUUUUGACAAAUUUACAACAUGACCAAUAUUUAUAGCGUUUACUCUUAAAGGAUUUAAUGGUUAAAAAUUGUUAAUAGUUGUUGUCGUACAUCGUUGUCGUCUUCCUAUUAAACAUCUUGAAAGAACGCUUAUUAAAAUAUCUUAACCUGUUAAAAAAAUACCCAAAGAUCGUUUUAUAGAAAGUUCACGCAAACAUUAUAAGUAGGUACUAGAAACAAAGACUUUUUAAGAGUAUAACUUCAUAUUUAGUAAUACCCAAAACUAAUUAACGAUCCCGGGUGGCCAAUAAACUAAUUUAGAGAAUUAAAAAGGGCAGAAAGACGGUAAAAAAAAAAGAAACUACUCGUACUUUCUUAGGGACCGCCGACAGACCGUUUUAUACGAAAUAAAACUGUAGCCAUUACUGUAUUCAGUAGUAGCGAUUGUAUACACAAAUCUAUAUUUUCUAAAAAAAAAUUGGCUUAUAAAUUUUGGUAUAAAUCACACUAUUUUGGGCAAAAGACCUCUUUUCCGAAACGAACUAAUACCUCAAACCCCUAUGACAAAAUUACUUUUAAAAUCAUAUCUAUAAUUUUUUUCCUAUCUCCUUUCCUUUCUUAUCUAAAAACCUCUCGCUUGGUUAAGCGAGUAGAAUUGAUAUCAUUUUCUUAUCAAAGUUCAACAAAAGAAGUGACAAAAUUCAGUAAAUAUCGAGUUUAUUAAUACAAAUUACAUACAUACAUAAAACUAGCUAGAAUGUAAUUAUUUUUCGAAAAAGACAUUAAAAUCGCAAAGUAAAGAUAUAAACAUAAGAACUUAAUUAAUAGGGAUCGAUUUUAAGACCUCGUCAAUCCCCCAAAUCAGUUUUCAUUUAUGUCGGCCACUUUGUGCAUCCUUGGUCUAACCAAAACGAGUGUUUUUCAUUUACGAGCCCUGAAGACUGUUUAAAAUUACUGAACUAAAACAACAAUCAAGAAUUCUGCAGAGAUUCGAUCUUUUAGAAAUAAAUGUAAUUAAUAUGCCAGUGUAAUAAAAUUUGUUAAGUUUCUUAACACGAUUGUUGAUCAAUCGAAAACAAAUUAAGCAUCAACAAACCGAUUUAAUAGGUACCUAAUUUAAAAAUUAAGAAACGUUGAAUGUUUUGUGCCAAUACAUGUUCGUAUAAAAUAAGUUAGUUUAAAACUUUACUGACCUCGUCACAAAAUUCCACGACAUGAAACUUUAUUUUUUAUACUUUUUAUUGGUUAUACAUUCCUUGGAAUAUUUAUUUAUAAAUAGAUUCUAAGGCAUUGUGAGGAAUGCUAAAUUGUGAAACUUAUUUAUUCUGUCCAAUUUAUGUACCCGUCUUCUUAUUUGUUGUCAACGAAAACAAAAUUGAAUUUUACAAAUGUAGGCUGUAUCCAACCUUAUAAUUCGUUUGAUGUAGAAUAACUCUCUAUAAUAAAAUAAUAGUCACCUAACCCAUAAAUAGCUCAUAAAGAACUCUUGCCGGAAACGGAAUAUACUCUAAAUUAAUAAUUAUUCACACUGGGAGAUUUAGCUGAGUUAUUUGUUCGAGAUUACGAUUUUUAAUACUUUUCUCUCGGCUGUGCUUCGAGGAGGUUAUGUUGAGACAGCCUCCUUCGUGAAUUUUAUCUGACGGCAACUUCAAUAGGACUAGAUAGAAUAUUUUAAACCCUAUCGAACGCCUUUGUGAUAUCACGGCCCAAAUAAAAACCCCGAACUCAUUUUCCGUGACUUAAUGUAAGAUCGUUUGGGUGCGCACAUUUUGAAUACCAUGUCGUUUAUUCAAUGCUGUAAACCAUUCGAAGACGGAAGCCUCCGAUUUCAAGCAAUGAACUCCAAAGUUGCUAUUGGGACAGUUUGCGAGUCGGUUAAUAAUGUAGAUGAGUUAUAUGUGCUUGUCGUCUGACAUGAAAUAAUAUAAAUUUGCUUACCUGCGCUCUACGCACCAUUUGCUAUAAGCAAAACGUCUGUGACGCUUAUCAAUCAAAUGAGCAAUUGCGUGCACAGUACAAUCUAAAAAAGAGUCGUGCGUAUAAGUCCAAAUUAAACAAAACUUAUGAAAGUAUGGACGAUGCACAGAGAUAUACACUGCUCUCGUUUCCACUCGUCGUUUGUAAUUAUGCAUAUUGGCCCGCUUCCACAUGGCCACGAUAUUUGCAAACGUGUUUUAGAUGAUGAUACAAUGUUGUAUAGAUAACCUAUCACCAUUAUUAUACGAACUCCUAAACUAAAAAAAGUUCUAAUGAAUAGUAGUACUACCGUGUACUGCUAGCGUUAACAUUCAGCCUUGACGCUAUUUGCAAUGUGCAUAAUUAGCACUGGUUACUUAUAGGCAUAAUUAGUACUUAUUCUAGGACUGCGAUGAACUCCAACGGCUAGAGUUCAAAGUUUAGGAUAAAGAUAAAAUAUUUCAUCCCCUGAAACCAUAUUUUGAAAACGAUGCGCAUAGUAGAAGCGUGGAAUCCUCUGUAAGACUAGAUUCUAUUGUCGAAACAGCAGAAAUCAGACGAUCCAAAAAAAGCACCUGUACUAUGUGAGAUCUGUUUUCGAAAUAAAAUACAAUAGGGGUAAUAUAAAUAUCAGUCAUUAAUAGUAUUUGGGGCUUCAUGUUCAAAAUUAUGGAUUGCUUUCUGGGGCCUCGAAGGCAACGUGCUUGAAGACAAUUUCAAGAUUUUGGUAGACAUGAUUAUUCCCGCAGUAAAAAUUGAAAAAAAAAAUCACAUUAACCAUGGGAAUCUUCCGAAAAAGCUGUAGAUAUUAGUGCUAUUUCUACUCCGGUUUUCUUUCGAUUAGAAACAAAACGAACUUACGGAGCUGAACCCAAGCUAACUUUCGAAAGGAAAUUCUACAUGGUAUGAAGUGAAAACUCAAAGGAUGUGAUAAAAACGUAUAACUUUCAGUUCUCGUAAUAUUUUACCCUAAGGUUUUUCUCAUCCCUGCUAACUAGUUG